UGUGUCUUUGUUUGAAGUAUGUAAAUCUUAUCUGAGAGUUUCCUAAAGGUUCAAAGCCUAUGCAAAACCUGGUUUUGGGAGGACUCGGUAAACGGAGAUGGCCAGUGACUGGGAAUUGCUUAGGCAUUUGUCUCUUUGGGGAGCUUCAGAUAAGAGGUUUUGGUAUGCGGAAAUUGACUUGCUAACGGUGUAAAUUGUACAACAGUAAAAGAAACCGUUUGCAAAACUACAGUCAGUUAGUUCGCCAGAGGCUGACUCCCUGAGGCUGCAAAGGCUAAAAUUCUCCCGAGUGACCCUGUUUCUUCUAUGGACUCGCAUAACUGAAAACCUGACACAACAUUCCUCCUCGUAAGGGAGCAUAGCCGUGAAUAAUAAGGCGACCAAGCGUGCGUGUGCUGCGAGAGUGGUAUUUUCAGGUGACUGGGUUCGGACCUGUUGUACAUUCUUUGGCCUGGUGCAUCUUGGGAAGAAAGUUAGGCACCAGUUGUUCUAAACCUCAGCUCUUAGAUGAAAUCUACACUCCUGGCUUCUCUGGGGGCAGGGAGCCGGAAGAUGAUGACUUAGUUAUUCUAUUUUGCCUUUGCCCACGUCUCCUCUUCUCCGUAUGGUUUUUCUUUUGGCUCUACCCAUCCCUGUGGGAAUUGCACGAGCCUCCUGCCCGCCCUAUUAUUUUGACCACGUCCCCGCCCCCCAACAUCCAGGUCCGGCAACUCCUCAAAGGGUUCACUAGGCUCCACAGAGCGGAUCCUGCCCUCGGGGUCCGCCGCAGCGCUGUCUGGCCCAAGCCGGGAGGACUCAGGGUGGGUUGCAAGCGCCAGGGCGAGAGGGAGCGACGUGUUGACACAGUCGUGGACAAACAAGGCGGUCAAUUAUUAACCUGUCGCGCUGCGGGCACCAGGAAACCCAAGCCGGCACGGUCAACCGAAUGGGGCGGACCUAGGCUUGAGACCCGGAGCAGCGCAGCCUGCGUGCACCCACGCGGAUCCAGCCAUGGAGGCAGGUCCCGACGUCAAGGGGGGAGACAGCCCCACAGUCCCAGAGGACCCUACCGUCGCCGAGGACACACGCAACCCAUCGCAGCCGGUGCUCCCGCAGCUCCCACGCCGACCGCAGCUGCUGGAUGAAGACGCAGGGCCAGACGAGGACGGGGCCGCGGCCGCAGAGGGCAGCGAGCCCGCCCGGGGAGACCCAGAACCCGCGUCCACGUCGGGCGAGGCGGGGCCCGGGCCCAAGGCCACUGGCUGCACCGUGCCGCCCAUAGGCUUCGUGGGUGAGCCGCCGCCCUAUGCGCCGCCGGACCCCAAGGCAGUGGCGCUACUCUACCCGCCCUUCCCGCAGGUGCCGGUGCUGUUCCAGCCCGCACCUGGGCCUACCGCACUCUACCCACCGCCGCCUGGGCCGCUCUUCCCACCCGCCGCCGCUGCGGGAGCCUCCUUCCCCUUCCCCUCGUAUGGCAGCCCCAUGGCCGGUGGGCCUGCCCCCAUGCAAGUGGAGCACAGGCCUCUGCCCAAGGACUUCAUGAUGGAGUCAGUGCUGGUGACCCUGUUCUGUUGCCUGCUCACGGGGCUCAUUGCCAUUGUCUACUCCCACGAGACUCGAGCAGCCCUGGGCAGGGGUGACCUGGCACAGGCGGAGGAGGCUUCGAGGAAGGCCCGCUCACUCGUACUCUUCAGCCUGCUCUUUGGGGUCUUUGUAUCUACGAGCUGGGUCAUCUAUGUGGUGGUGGCCCUCUACCUCCCCUGAGUCCAGGACCUGCAGGCCAGGCUGUGCCCUUUCUGUGGACCCUGAUCCCCGUGUUGCUCACACAGGGCAGAGGGGAGGUGGGCUCAGCAGUCCUGUCCAUGGGUGGUCCACUGAGGCCUUCGGUAGGAUCCUAAUCUGAGGGACACAGGCCAUUCCUGGAAUGCCCGCCUUCACCUUCAUUCCUGGAGAACACAGAAGACUACCGUCUCCACUGUCUAAAGAGCCUUCCAGAGGACGUGGCCAGCUCCAGCCCAGCUCAGGGAUCGGGCUCUAGUUGUAAGUGCUCUCCCGGAGAGCAAAGAGGUGGGCUCACUUCUGCUUCUCUCCCUGGGAGCUCCUGCCUGCUCCUGCACCCUUGUCCAUGCUGGGAGAGAUCAGAAAUUCUUGUCAGUACUUCGGAGAAGACCACUACUUUCUGUCUUCCUCCUGUGUGCAGCUGAGUCCCCAGGUUCACUGCUUAGCCUUCUCCGAGCUGUCUGUCUGCGGCUCACACUUCAGCUCCACUUACACAGGUCGCCUCGUUUCCCGAGAUCCACUUUUCUAAAAGUCUCUCUCUUCUCUUUACUGCCUCUGGCUUCCGCUGGCGACCUGUCUGAGACUUCCCGCUUCUGCCUUUCCCUGUCCCAACUUCCUGCUCACUCUUCCACAGUCACUGGACGAGGCCAGCUGAGGGUUGAGGAUGUUUCGGUUUGUUCAGUUCCCUGCACGCACAAAGCCAUCCCUAGCUCUACAAGAUGGGCCAUGGCAGUGCGCGUCUGUAAUCCCAGAACUUGAGCAGAAGGAACAGUUUAAGAGCAGCUCUGGCUACACUGCAAGCUGGAGGUGAGCUUGGGCUGCGUGAGACUGUCUCAAAAAUAAACAAAAGGUGCUGGGUGACGGUGGCACAUGCUUUUAAUCCCAGUACUCAGGAGGCAGAGGCAGGUGGAUCU